CCCGCCUCUGAGGUGGCACACGUCUCCCUCUCCUCACUGUCUGUGCAGCAGAUCCAGACAGAGAAGCAGCAGCAGCAGAGGAUCCACACAGAAACUGAGUGGCAGGACACAUCCACGCAUCAUCUCCUCAAUAUCCACGCAGGGCUUGCGGACGUGAUGCCCACCCGGAGAGAGAUGGUCUAAAAAAAAAAAAACACUUUGCCCGGUCACUGAGCUCCACCACGGAGGUUGCCUGCUACGAUGUUGAGCCGUCUGUUCAGCGAGGUGCUGCCGGACGUCCAGCGGUUGGCGGCGGAGUGGGUGGAGGACACCGAGAGAGACGGAUGCAAAGUGAAGGAGGAAAGAGAGCCGUGCCAUCUCGGAGAGGACGACUUGGACGAGCCCCAGGAAGGCAGCAGCCGAGCAGAGUCCGAGAUGGCUGGAGACGACGACGAUGACGAUGACGACGGUGAGGAGGAAGAAGAGUGCGGGGACGAGAACGGCGGGGAUAAACCCAAGAAGCGCGGCCCAAAGAAGCGCAAAAUGACCGCGGCGCGUGUGGAGCGCUCCAAGAUGCGCCGCAUGAAGGCCAACGCGCGGGAGCGCACGCGCAUGCACGACCUUAACUCAGCGCUGGACAACCUGCGCAAGGUGGUUCCCUGCUACUCCAAAACCCAGAAACUCUCCAAAAUAGAGACUCUGAGGCUGGCCAAGAAUUAUAUUCUAGCCCUCGGUGAGAUUUUACGCAACGGGAAACGUCCAGAUGUGGUGACCUACGUGCAGAUGUUGUGUAAAGGCUUAUCCCAGCCUACCACCAAUCUGGUGGCGGGAUGUCUGCAGCUCAACACCAGGAACUUCCUAACCGAGCAGUGCGCAGACGGAGCUCGCUUCCACAUGCCAAACUCUCCGUUCUCAGUCCACCCCUACUCCUACCGCUGCUCCCGCCUCUCUAGUCCUCACUACCAGCCCGGAGCCGGGUCCCUCAACAUGCGGGCCCAUUCCUACAGCGCCUCCGGGUACGAGUCUGUGUAUAUGCCGGGCGGGACGUCCCCAGACUACAACAGCCCGGACUAUGAGGGCCAGCACAGCCCACCGGUGUGCCUGAACGGCGGCCUGUCCGGGAAGCAGCAUGAGACCUCAGACACAGACAGGAGCUAUCAUUACUCUAUGCAUUACACCGGACUGACCACAUCCAGGCCCAGCCAUAGCCUACAUUUUGGAGCAUCGGGAGCGCGCAGUGGAGGCGCGCACUCAGAAAACAUCCCACCUUUUCACGACGUCCACCUGCACCACGACAGGGCGCCACCUUAUGAGGACCUGAACGCUUUUUUCCACAACUAAGCUUCAAAAAAAGGGAUAAAACUGCAGACUUACCGACUUUACAGAUACAAUCCUAAAGCGUUUAUUAUUAAAACAACAGUCGGAGCUCCUGAAUGAAUAUCUUCUGUAUGUUACCUCUAUACUGUUGUACAUCCUAUCAAAAAGUGUGUUCAGUAAAAUUAUUCCUAUAUGCAGAAUGAGUGCAACUUAAAAUGUAAAAGUCAACUAGGAACAUGUUGUGACCAAACAACAGACAUAAUAAAAGAAAGUGUUUUAUAA